UCUCCUUUUGGCUGCUGACGGAGCCGCGGGAAGAUGCCGAGCUGCUGCCACGCUACGGAGCCAGGGCAUGUUCCAAGAAAACGCCUGGGCUCCAGAGCAUCUAAGCUGCCUUUCUCCUCCGGUUGCUAGGGAAAUGGUCCAGGACUGCUGGGUGUGAGCCUCACCUCUCUGCCAGCGGAGACUAGACUGCGAUUGUCAUUGAUCAAUUGAAGAAACAGGACCUGAAAUUAGAGACAUUAGCAAUGAUGUGUGAAGUGAUGCCGACGAUUAAUGAGGACACCCCAAUGAGCCAACGGGGGUCCCAAAGCAGUGGCUCCGACUCAGACUCCCAUUUUGAGCAGCUGAUGGUCAAUAUGCUCGAUGAAAGAGACCGUCUACUGGACACACUUCGAGAGACCCAGGAAAGCCUCUCGCUGGCCCAGCAAAGACUUCAGGAUGUCAUCUACGACAGAGACUCACUUCAGAGACAGCUCAACUCAGCCCUACCUCAGGACAUCGAAUCCCUAACUGGAGGGCUGACUGGUUCUAAGGGGGCUGAGCCGCCGGAAUUUGCUGCACUGACUAAAGAACUGAAUGCUUGUCGGGAACAACUUCUAGAAAAGGAAGAAGAGAUCUCAGAGCUGAAAGCUGAAAGAAACAACACAAGACUGCUACUGGAGCACUUGGAGUGCCUGGUGUCCCGACAUGAACGGUCCCUGAGAAUGACGGUGGUGAAGCGGCAAGCGCAGUCUCCCUCUGGCGUGUCCAGUGAGGUGGAGGUUCUCAAGGCCCUGAAAUCUUUGUUUGAGCACCACAAGGCCUUGGAUGAAAAGGUAAGGGAACGACUGAGGGUUUCUUUAGAAAGAGUCUCUGCACUGGAAGAGGAACUAGCUGCAGCUAAUCAGGAGAUUGUUGUCUUGCGUGAGCAAAAUAUUCAUAUUCAGAGAAAAAUGGUAUCAAGUGAGGGAUCCACAGAAUCAGAACAUCUUGAAGGGAUGGAACCUGGCCAGAAAGUCCAUGAGAAGCGACUAUCCAAUGGCUCCAUAGACUCAACAGAUGACACCAGCCAGAUAGUUGAGCUACAAGAAUUGCUUGAAAAACAAAACUAUGAAAUGGCCCAAAUGAAAGAACGUUUAACAGCUCUCUCUUCCCGGGUGGGAGAAGUGGAACAGGAAGCAGAGACAGCAAGAAAGGACCUCAUUAAAACAGAAGAAAUGAACACGAAGUAUCAAAGGGACAUCCGGGAGGCAAUGGCUCAGAAGGAAGAUAUGGAAGAGAGAAUCACCACUUUGGAGAAGCGAUACCUGAGUGCUCAGAGAGAAUCUACCUCCAUUCAUGACAUGAAUGAUAAACUGGAAAAUGAGUUGGCCAACAAGGAAGCCAUCUUGCGCCAGAUGGAAGAAAAAAAUAGGCAAUUACAGGAGCGUCUUGAACUGGCUGAGCAAAAGUUACAGCAGACUAUGAGAAAAGCUGAAACUUUGCCUGAAGUUGAGGCUGAACUGGCUCAGAGAAUUGCAGCCCUAACGAAGUCUGAUCCAACCUCUUCUACCUCAUCUGAUGAUUAUCAAUAUGUUAUGGAAGCUAAACUACAAGAAAUGAUCUCCAUACGUAGGAAGGCUGAAGAGAGACAUGGAAAUAUUGAAGAACGUAUGAGACACUUAGAGGGUCAACUUGAAGAGAAGAAUCAAGAACUUCAAAGAGCUAGACAAAGAGAGAAAAUGAAUGAGGAACAUAAUAAAAGGUUAUCUGAUACUGUGGACAGGCUUCUGACAGAAUCCAAUGAGCGCCUACAACUUCACUUGAAGGAAAGAAUGGCUGCCUUGGAAGAGAAGAAUGUUUUGAUUCAAGAAUCAGAAACCUUCAGAAAAAAUCUUGAAGAAUCUUUACAUGAUAAGGAAAGACUAGCAGAAGAAAUUGAGAAGUUAAGAUCUGAACUUGACCAAAUGAAAAUGAGAACUGGCUCUCUAAUUGAACCCACCAUAUCAAGAACACAUCUAGACACCUCGGCUGAGUUGAGGUAUUCAGUCGGGUCCCUUGUGGACAGCCAGUCUGAUUACAGAACCACUAAAGUGAUACGACGACCAAGGAGAGGCCGUAUGGGUGUGAGAAGAGAUGAGCCAAAGGUUAAAUCUCUUGGAGAUCAUGAAUGGAACAGAACUCAGCAAAUUGGAGUACUAGGCAGCCAUCCAUUCGAAAGUGACACUGAAAUGUCCGAUAUUGAUGAUGAUGACAGAGAGACAAUUUUUAGCUCAAUGGAUCUGCUCUCUCCAAGCGGUCAUUCUGAUGCCCAAACUCUAGCUAUGAUGCUUCAAGAACAACUGGAUGCAAUCAACAAAGAAAUAAGGCUAAUUCAAGAAGAAAAGGAAUCUACAGAACUGCGUGCUGAAGAAAUUGAAAAUAGAGUGGCUAGUGUAAGCUUGGAAGGUCUGAAUUUGGCAAGGGUUCAUCCAGGUACCUCCAUCACUGCCUCUGUUACAGCUUCAUCACUGGCCAGCUCAUCUCCCCCAAGUGGACACUCAACGCCAAAGCUCACACCAAGAAGCCCUGCCAGGGAAAUGGACCGCAUGGGAGUCAUGACCCUGCCAAGUGACCUAAGGAAACAUCGGAGAAAGAUUGCCGUGGUGGAAGAAGAUGGACGGGAGGAUAAAGCAACAAUUAAAUGUGAAACUUCUCCUCCCCCAACGCCCAGAGCCAUUAGAAUGACUCACACACUCCCUUCUUCCUACCACAACGACGCCCGGAGCAGUUUAUCUGCCUCUCUUGAGCCAGAAAGCCUUGGGCUUGGCAGUGCCAAUAGCAGCCAAGACUCACUUCACAAAGCCCCUAAGAAGAAAGGAAUCAAGUCUUCAAUCGGGCGCUUGUUUGGUAAAAAAGAAAAGGCUCGACUCGGGCAGCUUCGGGGUUUUAUGGAGACUGAAGCUGCAGCACAGGAGUCCCUGGGCUUAGGCAAACUUGGAACCCAAGCAGAAAAGGACAGAAGACUGAAGAAAAAGCAUGAACUUCUUGAAGAAGCACGUAGAAAAGGAUUACCAUUUGCCCAGUGGGAUGGACCCACCGUGGUUGCGUGGCUGGAGCUCUGGCUGGGAAUGCCUGCUUGGUACGUGGCAGCAUGCAGAGCCAAUGUGAAAAGUGGUGCCAUCAUGUCGGCUUUAUCGGACACGGAAAUCCAAAGAGAGAUUGGCAUCAGCAACCCUCUGCACCGCUUAAAGCUCAGACUAGCGAUCCAGGAGAUGGUUUCCCUCACAAGCCCCUCGGCUCCUCCUACGUCGCGCACUCCUUCAGGAAAUGUAUGGGUGACCCAUGAAGAAAUGGAAAAUCUUGCAGCUCCAGCAAAAACGAAAGAAUCUGAGGAAGGAAGCUGGGCCCAGUGUCCGGUCUUCCUACAGACGCUGGCUUAUGGAGAUAUGAACCAUGAGUGGAUUGGAAAUGAAUGGCUCCCCAGCCUGGGGUUACCUCAGUACAGAAGUUACUUCAUGGAAUGCUUGGUUGAUGCAAGGAUGUUAGAUCACCUCACAAAAAAGGAUCUUCGUGUCCAUUUAAAAAUGGUGGAUAGCUUCCAUCGGACAAGUUUACAGUAUGGAAUUAUGUGCUUGAAAAGAUUGAAUUAUGAUAGAAAAGAACUAGAGAGAAGACGAGAAGCAAGCCAACAUGAAAUCAAAGACGUUUUAGUGUGGAGCAAUGAUAGAGUUAUUCGCUGGAUACAGGCGAUUGGACUUCGAGAAUACGCAAAUAACAUCCUCGAGAGUGGAGUGCACGGCUCGCUUAUAGCCCUGGACGAGAACUUCGACUACAGCAGCUUGGCCUUACUACUGCAGAUUCCAACGCAGAGCACCCAGGCAAGGCAGAUUCUUGAACGCGAGUACAAUAACCUCUUGGCCCUGGGCACUGAGCGACGACUGGAUGAGAGUGAUGACAAGAAUUUCAGACGUGGCUCAACCUGGCGAAGGCAGUUUCCUCCUCGUGAAGUACAUGGAAUCAGCAUGAUGCCUGGGUCCUCAGAAACUUUACCAGCUGGAUUCAGGUUAACCACGACAUCUGGACAGUCAAGGAAAAUGACGACAGAUGUUGCUUCAUCAAGACUGCAGAGGUUAGACAACUCCACUGUUCGCACAUACUCAUGUUGACAAGCCACUCAAAGGAGACAGCACUGACCUGCUAUGUCAUCUUUUCAGUCUACACGACCUAAAGGGCACUACCGCAUCGGACGGCAAAUGGAGAAAUUCUUUGUGAAGACUCAAUUCUAAGGAAAUAAUAUAAGUAACGGUUUACCAAACGUAAACGUCAUUUUGGGGGGAAUUGGAUAUUAAGUUUGAUUAGUUUACUAUGAUUGUAAUAAAAUGUUUAAGUCAUCCAAAAUAUGAGCAUCAUCCAUGCCAUAAAUUCUGUACAUCUGAUGCUUUUAUGAGAUGGAACCACUUGUUUUUUCAUGUUGUAAUAUAAUAGGCAUUUAUGUAUUAUUGUGUAUUAUUUCUUUUUAAAUGUGUAAGUCUUCUGUAAAUGGAUAUAAAUAUGAUUUUUUAAAAAAAUAAAAUAUAUGGUUCAUGGAGUCUCGAGUGCAAACAUUGAACAAUUCCAAGUACUGUUCGUAUUUUACCAUUCCACCAUUUUUACGGUUUUUGAAUUGUAACAAUCAAUAUAUUUCCUAGAAGCGUGUUUCCUGCUUCAACAUGCUUCACUUUCAAGUCUGUCAGACCUUAAAGCUGAACACCUGCCUCUGAUCAUGUAAAAAAAUAAAAAAAAAAAAAUAGAAUGAUUUAACCUGGACCUGGAGCCCAAAAAUGACCUUUAAAGGCAAUCAGGGCCGUUAUGCCCUAGAACUUUUGAAGAAACACUGUGAUGGCUUAACCUCCUUUUCAGUAGAAAACAAAGCCAAACUGUUUACAAAAGUCAAAUGCAAUGAUUUUAAAAAUUUAUAUUAAGAAAACCGUUACCUAAUCAUGUUGCCUGUGGACCAAGAAACACACACACUCACACACACAUACACAAACACUUUAUUAAUUACCGCAUGUUCAUUCAAAUACUCUGAACUACCAGCCAGUACUGGACAGUGAAUAUCAACCUCUGUAGAGUCUGAGGCCUGUUUCCACUGGAAACAAAUAAAAAUAAAACAAAACCCCAUAACCCAACACGUUUAAAAAAUCACUGCUAACAGGGCAUUACCCAAAAUCAAGUCUAAUAUUACAAGCCUUCAGCUGAUAUGACCUUUUUUUUUGUAAUUUCCCUAAAUUCACUUUCAUCAGAGGAAGAAAGACAGAAUGAUUAGCAUAUAUAGUGUAUAAAAAGUAUAGAAGAGUAAUCUCUUCCUUGUGGCUUUAUUUGGUGGUGUCACUGUUGUUUAUUCUUUGUUCAUAUGGGAGAUUUCAAAGUGAAACCUGUUUAAAUAAUACCAUUGAUUUAACUGCUGUUUUCCUGCUGCUUGGUCUUAUUAAAUGCAAGACCUGUCAUUAGUAAAUUCAUUUUUGUAUAUUAAUUUGUUAUAUUUGCACGUACAUUUGUUUUGAUGUCUAUUUUUGUUGAACAGAUUUAAUCAAAAGGUAAUGGUAAC